UUCAACGGCUGUUUCUCUCUCUUUCUCUCCUCCCCAUUUCUUGUCAGAAAGAUAAAAUUCCAUCUUCUAGAGAGAGAUAGAGAGAGGGAGAGGGAGAGGGAGGGAGAGAGAGAGAGCCCAUUUCUUGUCAGAAAGAUCAAAUUCCAUCUUCUAGAGAGAGAUAGAGAGAGGGAGAGGGAGAGGGAGAGGGAGGGAGAGAGAGAGAGAAAGAGAGAGAGAGAGAAAUCGGUCGUGAAUAGUUCGACGGAAGUUGAUCGCCGCCGCAAUACGACGAUGGAGACGAAGUCGUUGAGCGUGGGAUCGGAGAAGGAGAGCGGAUCGGAGCAUAGCGGCGUCGUCGGCGUGUUCGAGUAUUUCGGUUGGGUUUACCAUUUGGGCGUGAAUUCGAUUGGCCACGAGUAUUGUCAUCUCCGAUUCCUAUUCAUCCGAGGCAAGUACGUUGAGAUGUACAAGCGGGACCCCCAUGAAAACCCCGGCAUUAAACCUAUCAGGAAGGGUGUUGUUGGGCCCACACUUAUGGUGGAGGAGCUGGGGCGUCGAAGGGUCAACCAUGGGGAUGUGUAUGUCCUGCACUUUUACAAUCGCUUGGAUGAGUCAAAAAAAGGCGAGAUUGCUUGUGCUACUGCUGGAGAAGCUCGGAAGUGGAUGGAAGCAUUUGAUCAUGCCAAGCAAGAGGCCGAGUAUGAGCUGUCUAGAGGAGGGAGUUCUAGAAACAAACUGAACAUGGAGGAUGAGAUCAAUCUGGAAGGACAUCGACCUAGAGUUAGGAGGUAUGCACAUGAAUUGAGAAAGCUUAUACGAAUCGGUCAAGGUCCAGAGACGCUUUUGCGACAGUCCUCGAGCUUAGCUGCUGAUGUUAGGUCAGAUGGGUACUUUGAAAGGGACGUUGGUGACGUGAUUGAGGCACAAAAAUGGAAAUGUGUUCGAACAGUUAAUGGUGUUAGAAUCUUUGAAGAUGUUGCUGACUCGCAGAGUGGUAAAAGCAUUCUCGUGAAGGCUACUGCCGUUGUUGAUGCAAGCGCCGACACUGCUUUUGAAGUGGUUUUGAACAUUGAGCGGCGGCAAAGAUAUGAAUGGGAUAUGCUGACCGGUGACUUGGAGCUGGUAGAUUCUUAUGAUGGACACUAUGAUGUUGUCUACGGGACAUAUGAUCCGAAAUAUCUUACUCGGUGGCAUUCCAAAAGAGAUUUUGUUUUCUCUAGGCAAUGGUUUCGUGGGCAAGAUGGAACAUAUACUAUCUUGCAAGUUCCAGCUGUACAUAAGAAGAAGCCACCAAGAUCUGGGUACCAUCGUACAAAAAUUAAUCCAUCAACUUGGGAGAUUAGAGACUUGAAUACGUCAAUGGGUUCAAAUAUGCCUAAAUGUCUUGUGACACAAAUGUUGGAGAUAAAUUCAUCAGGCUGGUGGAGAUGGAAGAGAAGUCACUCUUCGAAGUUCGAAAAGAGUGUUCCUUAUGCAUUAUUGUGCCAAGUGUCAGGUCUUAAGGAAUAUAUUAGUGCCAAUCCUGCGCUCAAAUUUGAAGUAGCUACUACAGUUGUCAAGUCAAAAAUUUCUCAUGUUUCCCCUCCAAAUGGAGAAAAUGAAGAGGAAGCGCAAGAUGAGUUUUAUGAUGCAAUUGGAGGAGACUCUUCAUCAUCAGAUGAAGAGAGUGAUGAUGAUGAAGAAUUUGACCAGAAGGAAGCUAAGGUGAAGCUGAGGAAUGUUUCAUGGGCUAUAGCGAGCUUUGCUUUGAGGCGAACUUCAGCUCCUGCAAAUAAGGAAUUGGACCCAAAUGUGCUCCCUACCACAAUUGACCCAAGCCAAUUAGAUGGCUCUUUGAGCAAAGAAAAGGAUAACACUGAUACAAACUGUUGGACUUCUCCAAGUGGAUUGGGAUUUAUGAUCAGAGGAAAGAAUUACCUAAAAGACAACUCCAAGGUAAUGGGAGGAGAUCCCCUACUUAAGCUCUUAGCUGUUGAUUGGUUCACAGUUGAUAGAAGUGUAAAUCAGAUUGCACUGCAUCCCAAGUGUCUUGUUCAGUCAGAAGCUGGGAAGAAGCUUCCAUUCAUUCUUGUCAUCAAUCUCCAGGUCCCAGCAAAACCUAACUACAGUUUGGUACUUUACUAUGCUGCUGAAAGGCCUCCCAACAAGAAUUCCUUGUUAGCUAAAUUCGUGGAUGGCAGUGACAUGUUCCGAGAUGCCAGAUUCAAACUCAUUCCAAGUAUUGUAGAGGGAUAUUGGAUGGUGAAGCGUGCUGUUGGAACGAAAGCUUGCUUGCUGGGAAAAGCCGUCACUUGCAAAUACUUCAGACAAGAUAAUUUUCUAGAGAUUGAUGUUGACAUUGGAUCAUCAUCAGUGGCAAGGAGUGUUAUUGGCCUUGUUCUGGGAUAUGUCACAAGCCUAGUAGUUGAUCUAGCAAUUUUAAUAGAGGCAAAGGAAGAGGAAGAAUUGCCGGAGUACAUUCUUGGAACUGUUCGGCUAAAUCGUGUUAGGCUCGACUCUGCUGUACAUUUGGAUGUUUGAGCUUGUUUCGACCUUCUUAAUCAUCUUCGUCCAUACGGUUAUAAUUUUACUUGAAUGCAUACCAUUUUUCCAUUGUUGCCCACAGGCCAGUGUAUAUUGUACAGCAGAUUAUCCUACUCGCACAAUCAAGCCAUAGAUGAAUGAAACCUUUGUUGUCUUCCAAACGCUUGACAUUGAAAUUCACUUCCUACUCAUUUUUCAACAAUAUAUUGUGUACUUUUCAUUAUUGUUCAACAUUAGCAUAACCUACCUGUUCAUUCGUCAACAUUUUAU